AUGACAGCCCACUCUUCUCCCUUCCCCUCUUAUAAAUCUCAAAAUGCAACUAUCUUUUCUUCUUCCCCUCUGCUUCUACUUUGUUUUGCUCCGUCGGCUGACUCAAAACACAUAUCUCUAAUGGCUUCUUUUCCUGCAACCUCUAAUAAUGCCUUCAACUUGGUUUUACUUUCCCCUCUUCUCUUGAUCUCCAUCUCCACAGUCUUGGUGUCUUCCUUCCAGUUCCAAGUUGGAGGUGAGAGAGGUUGGGAAAAACCGACCACCAACGAGACUGAGACGUACAAUCACUGGGCUUCCAAGAAUAGAUUCCAUGUUGGAGAUACAAUUUAUUUCAAGUACCAACGAGACUCGGUGCUGGUAGUGAAUUCCACAGGCUACAGAUACUGCAUUUCAUCGAACCCAAUCUUCAAAUUUGAAGAUGGAAAUACAGUUUUUCAACUUGAUCACUCGGGAUUCUUCUAUUUCAUCAGUGGGCAGUCUGGUCACUGCAAAGCUGGUCAAAAACUAAUUAUCGAUGUAAUCCACGACACUGAGACUAGCCCAUCAGAACCCGCACCUGAGCCACCAGAAUCUGCACCCUCACCUAUUGCCUGUGGUGGGAAUGGAGGCGGAGGGGAUGGCUGGGAUUCGGAUGACUGGGGACCCCCUGGGCUGGGACUGAAUUCCACCACCAAGCUCUCUGUUGCAUCUUACUUCAUGACUGCUUUUGGAGCCGUUUUUGUCAUUCUCUAUUUGUUUAUGAACUAG